AUGAACACUAUGAGUAAUAAUCGUGCUGAGGAAGUAGAUGAAGAAGUCAGUACUCAUCCAGUGAGCGAACAAGAUAUGGAUACUUUAAGAAGUUCUACAGCAACGCCAAAUCAUCAGGAAAAGAAGCCUAAAAUUAACAAUUCUACUAAGAACAGUAAUGGGAAUUCACAAUCUAAGAAGGUUCCUUUGCAUCUAUUGGAAAAAAGAAGACUAGGUCGUAUUAAGGCCGCUGAAGAAUUUGCUAGAAAAUUAAAACAAGCAGGGAUUGAAAAAUUUGAUAAUGAAAAUAUUGCAUUAACAGGUAGAUAUCAACAAAUUCAAUUAAUUAAUCAAAAAAAUUAUUCUUCAGAUUAUUUAAAGAAAGAUGAUCAAACGUUUACAUUAAGAGAAAGAAAAUAUUUAAGAAACAAAAGUACAACAGGUAAUAAUGAAAAUGUACCAAAUAAUACUACUGAUAAUAAUAAUAAUAAUCAAUGGACUCAACAAGAUUUUAAAGAUUUGGCAGCAACAACGUUCGAUAAUAAAUGUAUUAAAUAUAACCAUGAACAAAUAGAUUUAAAUGAUCCAUCAAAUACUAUAGUGAUUCAAUUAGGCCAUAGUUCAAUGAAAAUCGGGUUUGCAUUGGAUGAAACUCCAAUUGUAAUACCUAACUGUAUUGCUAUCCCAAACAAUAAAUCUUUUUCGAAUGAUCAUGAUGAUAAAGAAGAGAAAUGGUUCGAUACAAACUCCUCUCAAUUUAUAGAUUUAAAAUCACAAUUGUAUCAAAGCUUUAAAGAGAGAAUGAGAUAUUAUAAGCGCAGAAUUCAACCAAAUAGUCAUGAACAAGUAAAGUCAUUUAAUUCUAAAGUGACUCCAGAAGUUGUAUCCUUACAAAAGGAUCCUGCCCAUAUUCCAUGGAUUACUGAUUCAAAUGAUAAUGAUAAUGAAAAGUAUCUUUAUGGUGAUGAGGCAAUCUUAGCAUCUGAACCAUGGUUUAUUCAUAGAAGACCUUUCACUAGUGGCGGUGCUUUCAAUGUUUUAUCGGGGCAAUAUACGUCUUUGCAAGAAUUAUUAGGCGAUAUAACUAAUUUAUUAAAUUAUGCCUUGAAAAAAUUGUUUAAAAGGUAUAGAGAACAACAAAUAAAAAAAAAACAAGACCAAGACCAAGAUCAUGAAGAAUUUGACGAACAACAGAAACAAUCAAAGGAGAAAGGUUUAAAUGAUCCUAUAAUGAAGGAUAUGGAUUUUAAAUCAUCAAGAUUUAAGGCUAUCUUGGUUAUACCUGAUUUAUUCCAAAAGAGUCAUGUAGAGGCACUCAUUAGAUUAUUAAUCACUGAAUUGCCUUUUCAAGCUGUUGCAAUUAUUCAAGAAUCCCUAGCUAAUUGUUAUGGUGCAGGGUUGGGUACCUCUACAUGUGUGGUAAAUAUUGGUGCUAGUUCUACUAACGUGGUAUGUGUAGAUGAAGGUUCUGUAGUGGAAAAUAGUGUAAUCAAAUUAAAUUAUGGUGGAGAUGACAUAACAAAAUUAUUUUCUGUCCUUUUGAAACAAAAUAAUUUUCCUUAUCAUGAUUGGGAUCCUUCAACACUACCAGGGUGGCAUCUUGCAGAAACCUUAAAGAAAAAUUUGGUCACAUUCCAAGAUGAUGGUGUAGCAGUACAACUAACAAAUUUCUUGAAGAGAAUGCCAAAUGAACCGAUAGAGAAAUAUGAAUUCAAAAUUUUUGAUGAAGUAAUGUUAGCUCCUUUAGCUUUAUUUUAUCCAGAAAUCUUUAAAUUAUUAAAAGAUCAAAAUAAGGGCUCAGAAAAAUCUCAAAAAAUUGUUAAACGUUGGAAAUUACAAUUACCUGAUUCCCAGGAUUUUUUCACUGAUGAUUCAAAUGAUUUGAAAUCGAUAUCUCAAGAAGAAACAUUGCAUGAUUCUAACUUAAUGGAUAAUGAAACUCCAGAUGCCUAUACUGAUAUUCAUAACGAGAACUUACUUUUAAAGAGGUUAUUGGAUGUUAAUGAUAAAUUAGAUGAAAUAUCUGCUACCGCCAAUGAUGAUAUUAUGUUAAAUAUGAUACCGUUAGAUAAAGCAAUCAUACAAAGUAUUACUAAUGCAAGCUUAACGAUGGAUCCAUCCAAGAUGCCAACAUAUUAUUCUAAUAUAUUAGUGGUUGGUGGUUCAUCAAAUAUUGAAGCAUUCGAUUUUAUGUUAACAGAUCGUAUUAAUAUAUGGAGACCUCGUUUAUUAAGUUUAAACACGUUUCCAACUUUUUAUGAGAGUCUUGUUAAAAAGGUUAAAGAACAAGAGAAAAAAUUCAAUUCAGAGAAACCAAAAUCCUCUUCUAUUGCGACAACCGAAAAUGAUAAUGAAACUGAAAAUACAGAUGACAAUAAGGAUGCAAACAACAAUAGUGGUGCACCAGAAAAUAAUUCAGAAAAUGGAGAAGAUACAACUUCUAGUUUGAAAUCAGAUAUCGAUAAUCUAAUUACCACCGAAUUACAGAAAUUUGUCGGAGGUUUUGACAAAGCUGCAAACAAUAAUGAUCAUUACUCUACAGUAACUGUUAUACCACCUCCAAGAGAAAUGGAUCCUGCCUCUUUGUGCUGGAAAGGUGGAUCUGUAUUAGCUCAAGUUAAAUUGAUAGAAGAAUUAUACAUCACAUAUAGUGAUUGGGAUAUGCAUGGUAGUAGAAUAUUACAAUACAAAUGUAUUUUCCCAUAUUAA